UAUAAUUAACCAUCCUUCCAUAGUUCCAUUUCCAGACUUCACGCAACACAAAACACUACUUACAGAUAAUAUAUAUCCAUGGCUUCUUCAACAUCAAUGCUUCUGUUCGUUCCAUUUAUGCUAAUUAGCUCUGUUAUGGUUGCCUCUGCUGGUAACUUCAACCAAGACUUUAAGAUUACAUGGGGAGACGGUCGAGCCAACAUACUCAACGACGGCCAACUUCUUACUCUCUCACUCGACAAAGCCUCUGGCUCUGGUUUCGAAUCCAAAAACGAAUACCUCUUCGGCAAGAUUGACAUGCAGCUCAAGCUUGUCGCCGGAAACUCUGCCGGCACAGUCACAGCUUACUAUUUAAAAUCAGAAGGGUCUACAUGGGAUGAGAUAGACUUUGAGUUCUUGGGAAACCUGAGUGGCAACCCUUACACUCUUCACACAAAUGUCUUCAGCCAAGGCAAGGGAAACAGAGAACAGCAAUUCCAUCUCUGGUUCGAUCCAACUGCUGAUUUCCACACCUAUUCCAUUCUCUGGAAUCCACAGCGCAUUGUUUUCUCUGUUGAUGGUACUCCCAUUAGAGAGUUCAAGAACCAAGAAUCAAAUGGUGUUCCAUUCCCAAAGAGCCAAGCAAUGAGAAUACACUCGAGCCUCUGGAAUGCUGAUGAUUGGGCAACAAUGGGAGGACGUGUAAAGACGGAUUGGAAUGCAGCUCCGUUCACUGCCUCUUACAGGAAUUUCAAUGCUGAAGCUUGCAUUUGGGCUUCUGGAUCAUCUUCUUGCGGUUCAAGCAGUGCCCCUGCUUCGACUAAUGGAGAUUGGCUUUCGCAAGAAUUGGACACUGCUAGUUAUGAAAAGCUGAGUUGGGUGCAGAAAAACUACAUGAUCUACAAUUACUGCACAGAUGUCAACAGAUUUCCUCAGGGCCUCCCAGUUGAAUGCAGCACUUCAUAGAGAGACAUACGAAGUCAUCAAUCAAUUCUUUCUGUAUAUGCUAUAGUUAUACAAAUUUUAAUUAUUCAUUUUGUAGGAGACUCAAUUCUUUUAUAAAUUUGCAUAUAUAUAUAAUUAAAUAUAUAUAACGAAAUUAUCAUG